AUGUUUCCCUACCCCAGCCAGCAUGAAAACGGGGGAAGACAAUGGCAAUACCAAUCCCAGUUCACCCCACCGUUUGGCGUAGAGUACGGGAAUCACCCAGGGAGUGGCUACGCUAUUCCCCAGGAGUGGAUUGCGGGGCAAUCCCACACUUCUGCCGGGGCCUACGAUUCCCAGUUGGCCCUACCGUUUGGUUUGGAGUACGGGAAUCACCCAGGGAGUGGCUACGCUAUUCCCCAGGAAUGGAUUGCGGGGCAAUCCGCUGCUGCAGUUCCAAUCGGGGCCUCCAGCAUCACCCCCGGGAUAUAUGAUAAUCAUGAUUACCGUCCAGAAUACUCUCACUGGGUCGUUCCUCUCCCACCAUCCGACUACUCCCAGUUUGGAGAUGCCUUCACCGGGCACGCCACCUCUAUCUCGCAGGCAGGACAUCCGGCCGCUGUGCAGGAGUCGCCCGGCUGCCGAAUUCCCUGCCUCUGGGAUGGAGGGUGUGGCCACAUGUAUCCGGACAAACCCACAGCAGGUAUGAUCAAAAGGCACUUGCGCGAACACCAUAUCCGAGGCGAAUGGCAUCAGAAGAGCGAGGGGGUAUGCAAAUGGUAUACCGAAGGCAAGCCAUGCGGGAAGUCACUGAAACAUGAAAGCCUAGGGAAACAUGUUGCGUCAGUGCAUCUUGGCGCGCUGGCAUGUUUUUGCAACUUUUGCGGAGACAAGUUCUCGCGCAUAGAUGCCCUGACGAGACACGUCAGGAAGUGGUGCCGGGAGAAUCCUGCCCGCGUGUGA